AUGGCUGAGUAUGAGGCAUGUAUCCUGGGCAUCAAAGCUGCCAUUGAUAUGAAAAUUCAGUUCCUGGACGUAUAUGGAGAUUCAGCCCUGGUAGUGAGUCAGAUUAAAGGAGAUUGGGAUACCAAGCAUGAAAAUCUUAUUCCCUACAGAGAGCAUGUGCUGUCUUUGAUCCCACAUUUUGAAGAGAUUACCUUUGGACACAUUCCACGAGGAGAGAAUCAGUUGGCAGAUGCAUUAGCCACCAUGGCAUCUAUGUUUGAGAUUAGUUGGGAUGAUGAAGCUCCCAAGAUUACUAUCGAUAGAUUUGAGAAGCCUGCAUACUGCAAUGAGAUUGAUACUGAAGGAGGAGAGGAAAAGCCUUGGUUCUAUGAAGUAAAAAGAUAUCUUGAAACUCAGGAGUUCCCUGAAGGGGCAUCUGUCAAAGAUAAGAAGUUUCUGAGGAGGUUUUCUGCUAAGUUCUUCUUGAGUAAUGGAAUUUUGUAA